GCGAAGAAAAGAAGAUGCAUUGAUUUUUGCUAAGGUUAAACUGUCACAGAUUCAUGCACCGAUUGUCCACAACCUGUUUAAAGGUAAAAAAAUUGAACAUCAACUUCGUACAAAAACACUUAUAGAUGAACUACCUGAUAAAAAAAACUUAAAGACCAGCAAAGCAGGAACACGGUCGAAAUUUAAUGAUAAGGAAAAUCAUUUGACUUACAGGAGAAAUGGUGGGACAACCAAAACAAACCAUAAAAAAGACACAAGAAAGGAAGAUGUCUUUGUCAAUAAGAAACAAGCGAAGGCAAGGCAUUCUAGAGAAAAGGAGGACCGACCACAUGCAAUUCUAGAGUCACAUAAAACACGUAGCACUACUAACUUCAAAGCAAAGCGAAAAACCAAAAAGUAUUCCUUGGCUUUUGCACCAAGUCCAAGCUUAACGCCGCAAACACAAACUGUUAAUGGAUACCAACAAGAAUAUAACCCUCAAACAUCGGGACAACUAAGAUAUUUGACAAAUAACCUUGGUAAUCCUGGAUCUGAUAACCAAGAUAGUCAGGACAAUGUUGCUCAGUUUAAUGGCCAACAACAAGGGUUCCAGACAUUGAAUGGUGGUCAAAAUGAGGUAAAUGCAUUCCAGGUAAAUAAUAACGGCCAGGAAGGCCAGGAAGGAAAUGAGGGUAAUAAGCAGUCGGUUGGAACAUUACAAGAACUAAUGGAACAGAAAGCUCUGCUCAGUCAGCAAGAGAAUCAACAAGAGGAGAUGCAAGGGCUCCCUAACCAACAACAGGAGACAGUUGCUUUCCAAGGACCACAGCAACAGAACCAGGAAGGACAACUUUUGAGGCAGGAGGAGGAUGAGCAACAGAGUGCUCCUCAAGAUGGAAUCGAACAGUACCAGCAAGGGGUUGGGAGACAGACGACUGAACAACAGCAAAUCAAUGUACAAGAGCAGGGAGGCCAGGAAGGCAAUAAUCAGGAGAUGAACUUACAAGAAGGCGGAGAACAGGGAAAUGUAAUGCAGCAAGGAGCCAAUCAAGAGGCUGCUUUUCAGCAAGGAAAUGAACAGGUGAAUGGAGAACAGCAAGAUGAACAAAUGGAAAGUUCCUUUCAUCAGGAAAAUGGUCCAGAAGUAGUUCCACAGCAAGGAAAUGAACAAGAAAACUUUCUCCAACAAGGAAACGAACAGGAACAAAAUCCACAACACGGUGAGAUGCAAGAAGCAACAGCGGCUUAUCAGCAGCAAGACAACGAGCAACAAACAGGACCAGAACUGCAAGGCGAUUCAUCAGAGCAAAGGGGUACUGACGUUGGGUCUAUUGCCAACUUAUUUUCCGAUUCGAACRAUCAAGGCACGGGGCAGGAUCAAGAAACUCAGUCUUUCAUUAACGAAGGACAGAGUAUUACAAAAAACGAUGCUUCUCAGCUUGCUGCGGCAAUAGCUAAUGCGAACAAAGGUCUUAACACUGGCGAGGAACAGAAUAGCCUUGCAAACCUUGCUAGCAACAGCGCAGGAUCUUUGAGCUUUACUGGAGGCGAACAAGCUCCUUCGAGUGAAGGUGUCGGCAAUUUGGGUUCAUCAGUCAAUAGGUUUACCCCAGACGCCUAUCAAGAAACUAAUAGUUUUUCGUUAGUUGACCACCCAGAAGAAAACACACAAAAGAUAGACACCUUUAGUCAACAGUACGAGCAAAGCGGGCCAAGUUCUUCUCCAAACUUGGAACAAGAAUUUAUGAAGAUCGAUGGGUCGCCGGAGCACCCGCAACAUGUGAACACUGGAAUAGGAAACAUAUUAUCGCAAGAAUCUGUUAAGAUUGUUAAUCUUGACCAUGCAGUUGCUAAUAAAGCAGCAAAAUACUGCACUGGAUGCCCUCGUAAUGCACGCUGCAUUGACAAAGUAUGCAUCCUUAACGACGAUCAACCUUUGGCAAAGAUACUUGGUGCUUUAUCAGGUCCAGAAAAUGAAACAGAUGAUUGCAGGGGCUGUCACCAUAACGCAAAAUGCAUCAAGAAGGAAUGCAUUUGUAAGCCUGGCUUCACAGGUGACGGAGUUGAAUGUAGAGCCGACAGUUGCCUUCCUGGCUGUAGCAAGCAUGGAAAAUGCAUCCGAGGGUUUUGUGUUUGUGGCCAUCAUCAUUACUUUAAUGGCGUCGAAUGCUCACCAUUCAAGAUAAGACACCGAGAAUGCCCCGAUAGGUGCGCAGUUAGCUGUCUUCCAGAGUGUCCAAAUAUAUGCUGUAAGUCUCACAUGGCAACACCUAAACCAGCAGAAACAACAAUUACAACAGCAGCAACAGCGGCACCGACAGCACCAACAAAAAAGCCAACAAUAAAACCAAUAACAAAGACUUCAAAUAAAAAGGUCGGGCCAGACGCAGCAGCCGAUUUCUACCUCAAACCAACCCUCCACAGCAAUGCUGAUGUCUUUAAUAAACAUCCACACCAAGAAAAACAUUUGCAAUCAAGUAAUCAAGUACUGUCCAGCAAGUUAUCCACUCCACAUAAGAAUAUCACAUCUUCAGAAAUCAAAUACAAUACAACGAAAAUAUUAAAGCCACAGUCAGAAGAAAAGAAUGGUGACGAAAGAGCAAAGACAAGGGAAAACUGCCAUCCAGAAUGUUCUGGAGAAAAGUGCGGCCCAUCUUGUCCUGAUCACUGCUGUCAACUCUCGAAGCCAAAUUUGCAAAUAGACUUUCUCAAAGCAUUCGCUGAAAAGUUUUGUCCUUCGGCAUGUCAAAAUAAAUGUCAAAACACCUGCCCACCUAUUUGCUGCGAGAAAAGAUCUUUUGCUUCUAUUUUGAAGAGUUCACCUGGUGCUUCUAAUGUGGAUGUGAACAAGGCUGAGGAUAUUUUCCGCAAUGCGAUGGGUUGGUUUGGUAUGAUGAACUUUUUGCACAUGAUGUACAACAUGUAUGGUAACAUGUACAUGCCACCGAACAUGAUGAUGACCAUGAAAAACCCUCAGAAAUUUUUCGCCAAUGCCUUUCGAAAAAUGCAAGUGGAUCAGAAUGGUAAGAUAAAAGCGGAAGUGCCUGCAAGUCCAUAUACAUCUAUUCCUUGUGAGCCAGCAUGUGCAAAAUCAUGCAUCAGUAGCUGCCCAGAAAGGUGUUGCUUAAAGAGGUCCUUUUCGGCUGAAGCUGAAUCUGAUAGCGGUUAUCACAAAUAUGGACCAAAGGUUACCCAGCAGCUAUCAAAGAUUGGCCAGGCAUUAUAUACUAGCUGCCCCAGUGAUUGCGCAACCUUUUGUUCACCAAAGUGCCCUCCAUCUUGCUGUGUACAUCCACAAGUACCUAAAAAAUUGUCUCCAAGUACUUCUAAAGACACUGCACCUUCGUGUAAGACAGGAUGUUCUCCAAGAUGCUAUCCAUUAUGCAUGGAGUCCUGUUGCAAAGCUAUCCAACGAACAGUCCAAGUUCGUCCAACAACAAGAUCUUUCAUUCUUACAACAACACCAACUAAAGCAGCGUACGGAUGCCCAUUGCAGUGUCCAAGAUCUUGUUUCCCAAGUUGUACUCGUGAUUGCUGCUCUGCGUCUGAGCAAUACAAACCCGGAUUGCUAAACGGACAUGGCCAGUACAUGGUAUCUAUUCCUUGUCCCAUGGAGUGCAGACCGUAUAACUGUUUGUCUUAUUGUCACCACGAAUGUUGCCUCAGGACAAACAGCUCGUUUCAGCAUGUAGCAAAAUCCUACAUAUCAGAUGCUUCAAACAAAGAAGCAAGUAGACAAAGCAGGUUCAACCAGUUUAGCAGACAAGCGAACGCUAAGGGAGAAAAACUGUCACAAAUACUGGACCACCAGGAAAAAGUUUUGCCUGCAAACAGAAAGUAUAUUCCAAAGUUUCCUGUACACCCUUAGAUACUAAAACAUUAGAUCGUUACUGAAAGUAUUUGCCAAGAGAAACCGGCAUUAGUAAAAUUGUAUGAAAGCCUUUAACGGUUUUAUGUAUGACCUUCGUAGUGUGAUUCGAGUUCUUAAUUCCUCUUCUUAAAAAGAAGACUUCCACAAUUUAACAUACCCUUAACUAAAAAUUUCUUGUUUAGUUAUCAGUACUGCUGCGUUAGAAAACUCUAGUAUAACUUUACCAUGAAAGAAAAACUGCAUUCCAAACUUCAAUAAUAUAUAAUUUAUUGAUGGUGUUGUAUUUAGUAUCGAUCAGUAAUGUUUAGCUAUCACUCUUAGAAUGACAUUUAGGGUUUCGACUAGUGGCACCAUUGUAACGUUUGUCAAAACAAGUAUACUUAUUUUAUUUUCAUUGACCAAGCUUGUCUUUUUUUAUGAAGGUUAAGUAAGAUCAUAUACAUUUCGAUACGUAUUGCCAAUUAUCUCUUGUGAUUACAGCACAUAUGCUAAUGGCACCUAUAUAUCUAAAAUUAUAUUCCAUUCCUUUGAUCGUGCAACUCUUGACAUUCAUGUAAGUCAGUGUAAGUCCAAGAAUUCAGUUACUAUCAGCUCUAUCAUAUGGAACAAAGGUCACACCGGCAUCGGUUUUGUUACCGUUGCAAACAAGGAUGAUGUUUAAUUUCUCUCUUUAACCAGUUUUUUGUACCCAGGUUGAUCAUCUAAUUGAUGAAGUAAAUGAAGAAGAAUAGCUUUAUAGAUACAGAUUUGUCGAGGGCAAUGGUGCACGUAGCUUGAAUAUAGCGUUUGUGUUAGGUAGUCGUGACGUCUUGAGUUACAAAACAGAGUGUAACCUCUGCUACGAAUUUUGGCUGGCAGAGCUAGAGAUUCAUUUAAUCAAUACAAGUUGACUAUUUGUUCGUGUGAAAUUUCGAUCAGCAGCUUAACCAUGUUUAAGACAUUCCUAAAAGAAAAAAUUAAAAUAAUUAUAAAUAAU